AUGGAUAUGGCAUCGCUCCCCACCGGAAUAGGCUCGCCGGCCAACCGCCGCCGUCGAGCUCUCGUGGAGGAUCCCGUUGCUAAGCAUGGCCCGUUUUUUUUGUCCCUGCCGGAGGUCGCCGCGGCCGAAACGGUGAUGAGCGGCGCCGCCGCGCUGUGGAGCUCCGCCGCCCGCUGCCGCCAGGCCGAGCCCCUCCCCGCACCGCCCGCCACGGCCGAGCCCCUCCCCGCACCGCCCGCCACGGCCGCGCCCGCGACGCCCGCCACGGCCGAGCCCCCCGCGCCGCCCGCCCACCACGGCCGCGCCCCGCGCCGCCCUCGCCCGCCCGAGCCGAGCCCCACGACGCCCGCCCGGUGCCUCGCCUCGCCGCGCGCCGCCCGUCCCUCGCCUCGCCGCCCUCGCCGCGCGCCACCCCGUCCCUCGCAAGGCCGCACCGCCGAGCGCCGCCCCACCACGCCCCGCGCCUCGCCUCGCGCGCCCGGGGCCGCGCCUCGCUACGGACGCCGGCGCUGCAGCUGCAGCCGGCCGAGGCGGGGGCGCGGGGAGGGCGAGGGAGCUCGCAUGCCGCACCUCGACGGCCGCGCCCGCGCCGCCAUCGCCUCGGUCGCCGCCCCACGCCGCCCCGCUCGGUCGCCGACUCGCGCCGCACCCGCUCGUACGCUGCUCGAUGUCGAGGUCCUGGAGCGCGGCGCGCGCGGUGGGUGCUGGAACGAGGCGCGCACGGUGGCCUUAUCCGGCUUGGCGGUGGCGCCCUUGCCCCGCCUUGGCGGCGGCGGCCGCCUUGUCCGGCCUUGGGGACCUUCAUGGGCUCGUCCCCUUCGUCAUCGUCGGAGGAGGACACGAGCUCGGCGGAGAGCUUGGGCUUGGGACGCGGGGAAGGAGGGCGGCCGCUCACCGGAGUGGCGUGCCGAGCGCGGCCUCCGGCGUGGCGUGGCGCGGCGACCUCCGGCGUGGCGUGCCGAGCGCGGCCUCCGGCGUGGUAACUAG